AUGACGACAAAUGAACGCUUGCACGGUCUUCUCGAAGUACAAAGAAAACGACUUUUAGACGCGUGGUUCGCACUCCAGCUCACCCACUACAGCGGCAAAUACUCCAUCGAACGGAUGCUGUCCAUCGACGAAUAUACUCGAAGCACGUCGCUGAUACGUGUCGUCUUGGUCGUCCUUGGGGUCCCACUCCUUGUUUUUGCCCUUGUAAUAGGCCAAAAGAGUAUCGCGCUCCAGGAUCCAAGUGAUGGUUGGCAGGCGAAUCAUGGUUUCUGGGUCCGUGUGGGAAUUAUUGGAGCAGUCAUCGGAUAUGCCGCUGCAUGCCAGCUCGGUACGUGGCUAGAGCUUUCAGACCUCUCUUCACGGCAGACAGCAGUCUUCUGUUGUUAUAAGGCGGCUGGGUUUGUCGCUGUUGGCAUCGCGGCAGUGGAGAUGUGGGUCUUUCCCGUUCCGUUUUUCAUGCUUUCGCUCUCAAUGAUUUGGCCAAUGCUCCUCGUGGGCUCUUUGCGGCUCGUCGUUGGUUCCCAUUCAUUUCAGCAAAUACGUUCGCGCCAGGAUCACCUCCGUCGGUUAAAUAGACUUGGGACCCUGCAAGGAUUUCUUUCAGUAGCCUACCCAGCCUACCAGGUGCUGUUCAAGGUUGCGAAUCACACAGUUUAUGAACUACCCGUUCUGUUGCUGCUGCCUGCAUUCAAGGUUGUGAUG